CGGCAUCCCGGGGCCGCUCCGGCCCGGGCGGCGAGGGGGCCCGGCGGUCCAUGCAUCCGCCGCCGCUCGCCGCCGCGAUGGAUUUCAGUCAGAACAGCCUGUUCGGCUACAUGGAGGACCUGCAGGAGCUCACCAUCAUCGAGAGGCCGGUCCGCCGGAGCCUCAAGACACCAGAAGAAAUAGAAAGACUGACAGUUGAUGAAGACCUCAGUGAUAUUGAAAGGGCUGUGUAUCUGCUCAGUGCUGGUCAAGAUAUCCAAGGAACAAGUGUGAUCGCAAAUCUUCCAUUUUUGAUGCGACAGAAUCCUGCUGAGACGCUUCGGAGAGUGUUGCCGAAAGUUAGAGAAGUCCUGCAUGUUGCAGGAGUGGAGAUGCAGUUAACGGCGGCGGUAUCAUUUUUGACCAUUCUACAGGAAGAAUCAGUGUCCAUUCAUACAUAUGCCCACUCUUUCCUCCAAGUAAUUCUACUACAUCUGGAGCACAGGGACACAGGUGUCAGCAACGCGUGGCUGGAAACUCUUCUGUCUGUGAUAGAAGUGUUGCCCAAAGAAACCCUAAGGCAUGAGAUUUUGAAUCCACUUGUUUCUAAGGCACAACUUUCCCAAACAGUCCAGUCUCGUUUAGUUAGUUGUAAAAUUUUAGGAAAAUUGACCAACAAAUUUGAUGCCCAUACUAUUAAAAGAGAAAUACUUCCCCUGGUAAAAUCACUCUGUCAAGAUGUAGAAUAUGAAGUUCGAUCUUGUAUGUGUCGACAAUUAGAAAAUAUAGCUCAGGGCGUUGGGACAGAACUUACAAAAAGUGUGGUGCUCCCUGAAUUAAUAGAACUCUCUAGGGAUGAAGGCAGCAGUGUGCGGCUUGCAGCUUUUGAAACUUUGGUUAAUCUGCUUGACAUAUUUGAUACAGAUGACAGAAGUCAAACUAUACUUCCCUUAGUGAAAUCAUUUUGUGAAAAAUCUUUCAAAGCAGAUGAAUCAAUUCUUAUUUCCUUAUCUUUCCAUUUAGGAAAACUAUGCCACGGACUAUAUGGAAUUUUUACUCCAGAUCAACACUUGAGAUUUUUGGAGUUUUAUAAAAAACUUUGUACAUUGGGCUUGCAAGAAGAAAAUGGACACAAUGAAAACCAGAUUCCACCCCAAAUCCUAGAGCAGGAGAAGAAAUAUAUUUCAGUACGGAAGAACUGUGCUUAUAACUUUCCGGCCAUGACUGUUUUUGUUGAUCCUAAAAACUUCCACAUGGAACUCUAUUCUACAUUCUUCUGCCUUUGUCAUGACCCUGAAGUACCAGUCAGAUACACUAUUGCUAUUUGCUUUUAUGAAGUGUCCAAACUUCUGAAUUCUGGAGUAUAUUUAAUACAUAAAGAACUAAUAACAUUAUUACAAGACGAAUCGCUGGAGGUACUAGAUGCUCUUAUAGAUCAUCUUCCAGAAAUCCUGGAACUUAUGUCUACUGGUGGAGAAAGCAGUGUGCAAGAAAACAAGUUAUCAUCUCUGCCUGAUUUGAUUCCAGCACUCACAGCCGCCGAACAGCGAGCUGCAGCCUCUUUAAAAUGGAGAACUCAUGAGAAACUACUACAGAAAUAUGCCUGUCUGCCACAGAUCAUAUCAAGUGAUCAGAUUUACUAUCGUUUCUUACAAAGAAUGUUCACAAUCAUGAUGACAAAUAGUGGCUAUGUAAGAGAUAAAGUUACACCAAAGCAUGGAUGCCCUACUAUGGAUGCUCUUAAACUAGAGUCAAAAGCAGGGGAACUGGGCCAAGGAAAAAGUUACUGGAAUAGACUUCGAUUCUUGGAUACCUGUGAAUUUAUUAUAGAGAUCUUUUCCAAAUCAUUUUUCUGUAAAUAUUUCUUUCUACCUGCUAUUGAACUGACACAUGAUCCAGUAGCAAAUGUGAGAAUGAAACUUUGCUACUUGUUACCCAAAGUGAAGUCUACUCUGAAGAUCCCUGCAGAUAAGCUUCUACUUCAGCAGUUAGAAAUGUGUGUGAGAAAACUCCUAUGUCAAGAAAAAGAUAAAGAUGUACUGGCCAUUGUAAAAAGAACUGUGUUAGAGUUGGACAGAAUGGAAAUGUCUAUGGAUGCUUUUCAGAAAAAGUUUUAUGAAAAAGAUUUGUUGGAUCAAGAGAAAGAAAGAGAAGAACUGCUUCUUUUGGAAAUGGAACAAUUAGAGAAAGAGAAGCAACAGAAUGAUGGAAAGCCCGUGAGUGAUAAAACCUUUGAAAAGAAACGUAGAGACACUAAGACACCAACAACUCUGCCCAAGAGCAUCCCCAUUUCUGUUCCCGGGCCCUCUUCUGGCACCCCACCAACAAGCAAAGAAAUCAAGAAAUCCAAAUUGAUUCGAAGCCAGUCUUUUAAUAAUCAAGCUUUUCAUGCAAAAUAUGGCAACUUAGACAAGUGUGCUAGUAAAAGUUCUGCAGCAACAUAUACUCCUCCUGUCUCAGCAAAGACUUCUAUGAUAUCACUAACUGAUGAUUCAUUCCGGACUCGUAAUGCCAACAAUGCUCCAACUUCCUUUUCUCCUAACAUUCCCCUGCCGAGCACCUCCCGUGGGACAGGUAACUCCGCUGAUCCAAAGAGCAGUGGAAGUAAAGACGCACAACCACGGAAGGCUACCUUAAAAUCCAGAAAAUCCAAUCCUUAAAUCAUUUACUUGAUGAAGGAGGCAAAACAAAGACAACUGGAGAUAGUGUGAUUGGUGGACAAGGCUGAAGCAAUGGCCAGGGCUUUUGUUUUUUUAAAUGAAUAGAAAAGAGAGACUUGAUGGCAGCCGAUGUUGUUAAACUUUCCAUAUUUGAAAUUAGCUUCCCUAGGAGGUAUAAUAUAUAUUUCUUGAAUAAUAAUGUGAUUACAGAAUUCCAAUGUUAUAGUGAAGUAUAAUGAACAACAACUGUAGGUAUGUGCUUUAACUACUGCAAAAGAGACAAGUCUGCAUUUAUUUGUGCAGGAAACCAUCUAUUUAAUUGUUCUGGAGUUUUAGCAUUUAAAAAUUAUAUGAAAGUCCAAAUCAACUGAAAUUGCUUUAGCUAGAUAAUCACUUGGAGGGGGACUAGGGAGUAAAACAGACAUUGCAUUUUCUCACGAAUCUCCAAACCCAAUUGAAAAG